CAAUGUCAUUACUAAACUGGUAACUGUAUAUCCUUUAUUUUAUAAUCAUGGGGCAAAAUAUUGUGUGUGCAAGUUGAUUGUUCCUUGAAAAGUUCCAAAGAGAAGAAAGAAAUGCCCACUGUCUGAUUUUAAAAAAGUCAAAAUAAGCCCCCUGGUUUUGUUUAACGUUAUUAAUGUUCUCUGGGCGGUCUCUUAAUAUAUAUAUAUAUUCGUGACAGAUGUGAAAGGUAAAAGUUUCCACAUGGACUGUAAAAUGGAGAAAAGCAAGAUACAAAUGCUAUAUGAUGCCUGUAAUUAUGUAUUUUCCCAGGAAGAGCUUCCAAAUUUCCAACAAAUUCAAUGCCUCAAAAACAUCUUAAAUACGUUUGAAGCUGUGGAUGUUGGCAUAGACGAAUUUAGGUUGGAUGGAUCUCCAGGUUCAGGCGAGGUCAUGAACAGCAAUGGGUUGAUUUCUGGGCAAGGAGUUUCUGAAAUAACUUACAUUCACAUCUAUGAAUGUGACCAAUUUUCAAUGGGAAUUUUUUGCCUUCCAGCCAGGAGGACAUUUCCUCUACAUGAUCACCCCGGAAUGAUGGUUCUAAGCAAACUUCUUUAUGGUUCAGUUUGCAUCAAAGCCUACGAUUGGGUUCGUGGGGAGACUUGUAGCCCCAGAACAAAUGGAUUAGCAGGCACAGCAAUAGAUGGCAUCUUCAAUGCACCAUGUGAACCAUCGGUCUUGUUCCCAAGGAGCGGUGGAAACAUCCACUCAUUCACAGCCUUGACCCCUUGUGCUAUCUUGGAUGUCUUAUCUCCGCCCUACUCCGAUGACUUGGGCAGGCCCUCCACCUACUUCUUAGACUUCCCCAUCCCUUCUCUUCCUGGUUAUGCUUGGCUUGAGGAAAGAGAAGUAAAACUGCCAUGUGACUUGGUUGUUAAGGGGGCACCUUACCUUGGUCCUCCACUUGAUGUACCAGAUGAUGAUCUUUGCUAACUGGAUCUACAAGAAUUCUCAAUAUAUGUAUAUCUGUAACCUUUUUGUUUAGUAUUGUAAAAGAAGUAUACAUGUACAACAUACCCCAGCAUCUCAUAAUCGGCGAACCCAUCAAACUGAAAAAUCAUCUAUUGCAGUUCCCAUUUUCGCCACCAGCUUCUAUUAAUUACAUUUUGGAUCCUGGCCCAAACUAUCGAUUAAAAAUGAGAAAAGCAUAUAAUUACAAUGA